AUGACUGAAGCUUUUAUUCCCUUCGGGAAUGACGGACGUUAUUCUUUCGUUUCAGGUCCAAACGGAUGUCCACGAAGACGAGGUCGACAAACAUACACCCGUUUCCAAACGUUGGAACUGGAAAAGGAAUUCCAUUUCAACCAUUAUCUGACCAGGCGGCGUCGCAUAGAAAUAGCCCACGCCCUCUGUCUCACAGAGAGACAGAUCAAAAUAUGGUUCCAAAAUCGACGGAUGAAAUUGAAAAAAGAACUGCGGGCCGUAAAAGAGAUCAAUGAACAGGCACGACGGGAGCGCGAAGAACAGGACCGGCUUAAGCAGCAGCAGCAAGAGAAACAACAGCAAAAAAUGGAACAGCAGCAGCAACAGCAGCACCACUCCGCGUCACAACAUCCGCAACAUCAUCACGACAAUAUGAAGAUGGGUAUCGAAAAGAGUGCAUCUAGUAACGAUCUCUUGAAAGCCGUGUCAAAAAUACCCGCAUAAAGAAUUUUAAUAAAUAAUUAGAUCAGGUAGUAGAUAAACUACCUAACGAAAUGUCCAAAAUACGUACUAGUUUUUAAAGAAGGCGGCAGGAUAGCGACGUCAGCUAUUAGAAUAGUAGCGGACCGGCGUUGGAUCCUUGCGGCUCGCCGUUCGAAUAUUGAACAUGUACCUACUACUACGGCUCUUUUUGUGUUGCCUGUUGUACUUCUCUAUACGUUGUAAAUAUUAUUACUGAUGUGUUCAUAUAUUUAAUUAUACAAUCGCUGCUGAUGGUUCUGCUGUUGCGGUCGUUGAACGAAGAUGAACAAGGAACAUGGAGAAGGCCAGUGAUGGAUUCUUGGACACACCCUCCGUUUUGCACGGUGACUGUGUUUUUUGUUUAUCUCGUAAUCGGUUCCGUUUUGUGAUUUUCAGUUGGACCAUUUCGAAACUUUGUUGUUAGUUCGAACGCGCUAAAUAGUGAUGGAUGACGAUGAUAUAAAAGUGUCUCCUCGGCCGUCAACGCAGAAAGCAUCAAUUGAACGAUUUUUAUUACUCUUGUUUCAUUUCGUUUAGUUUUUGUUUUUCGAUCGAACUGUUAUCGAGACGUGCUCUCUCUUCCCUUUUCGUUACUGCGGUUAUUUUUUUAUUUUUACUUAAAGUAACUACUCGCGACUGUGUCCGGUGGAGUAGUUGCCUUUUCCUCAUGCAACUACGCCGUAUUAACAUAUACGUAACUUGGUGUCAGGGUAGAUUUUAAAGUAACCCGAUCCGAUUUAAAGUAAAAAGGGGCGUUCUACUGAGUGAUUGCGACCUAGUCGAUUCCAUGAAAGAAAAUUUUGUGAAUUCAUUUUCGUUGCCAUUUUUCGACAAAGUUUAGAGAAUCGUAAUUUAAAAUUUAUAAGGGUGAUCAAAGCAUAAAUAAGAAUGAGAACUUACUUUCAUGGAAUUUUUGUCUAAUAGGCAGUUCCUAACUCCAGGCUUCCAGGCAAAGCAAUGUCAGCCCCCAUCGCCAUGGAUGGCGGGGGUUGUAAUUUAUAAUUUAAUGUGUUCUUCAAUUUUUUUUUUUAAUUUCAGUUGAAGUUGCUUUGUCGAUACAAUGGCACUGAAAUUAAUUUAUUUUAGGUACUUAUUUAUCAUCUUCCUUAUACAAGAUCCCGCAUUAAUAACACCUGGAGUGUUUUAGAUGUUCUUAUGAUUCAGUAAUAACUAUAACGAAUCGUGUUGUCAAUAUUUUGCAGAAUAUUGACAACUACAUCAGUGAAUCACAAAUUAUGCUAACAUUUCAAGUGUUAUUCUAGUAAAUGGGAGAUUUUAUAUCAAUGAGUGUAAACAAGCAAAUGCCAAUUUUUCACAUCAACGUAUAAUUUAAUAAUUUACAAUUUGUUUUUAGUUUGAUUGUCAAGCAAACUACCGUCCUCGUCAUUAUCAUCAGUUGUCUGUUUUCGAUUUCCUUAUUUGUAACUUUUAAUCUACUAAUGUGCUUGGUUGAUGUGAAAAUGGUAAUGUCUCUUCCAUUUUAUUAUUAGACAAAAAGUAUACAGUUAUUACGCCCGCGUUUAGUGAGAAAAUCAUGGUUUCAUUUUAUGAAAGUAAAAAUAAAUUAAUUUAUUCGAUUACUUUCGAUUAGUAAUAGCUGAAGUUAUUACUGCAGUACGCCUAUCAAUUACUAUAUACGUAAAAUGGUACAAUAUUUUCUAUGUAACCUUACAUCCAGGUCGCCACUAUUAAUUAUAGCAACAAAUAAUAAAAAAAAGAUACCUAGUUUUAUCGGUGUAAAAAGAGUUAUACCUACCCAGAUACAUAUAUACAUAGUACAUUCGUGAAUAUUAUUAUUAAAUAGUAGGCGAAGAAAUAUUAAGUUAAAGAAGGAAGGCCUAGGAUCGAUAAGAUUAUGAAUGUGACCCCCAUAUGUUCGACUUUAAUAAGCUUUCUAAAAAAUUUUAUUGCUGUUUUGAGUGUUAACAGUAGGU